AUGGUAUCCGAAACGUCCGGGUUGCCUGAUUUGGUGGGGCGAUUGGCAGGAGUGUAUUCGACACCUGCGAAUGGCCAGCGCAGCUCCCUAUCUGACCACGAACUGAUUCACUUGCAUCGGUUGGAUGUGCUCGGCAGCGCCUUCCCUUGGUGCUUCUGCAUCUUUGCGAUGGUGCAUUGUUUAUUGGGGUUCGUUGAGAUGUUAUUACUCGUGACGAUGCUGGUGGGUCUCGUUCAGGAUUGGUAUCGUCCUUGCGACCAGCCCUUGCAUGCCUGGGUCAUCGUGGAGAUCACCCAGAAUGCUUAUCAGGCACUGCACGGGUGUAUAUUUAGCAGGCCCAGAGAUCCAGGCGCAUCUAGAGGUGCUCGUUUUUACGACAAGGUACUAUUUCUCACCGUGGUAUCGUUCAGUUGCAUUUGGAGUAUUAUUGGUUUGUGUUGGGUGUUUGAAGUAGACCGUUGCGGGGAGACUGCUCCCUUCCUCUUUCAAUCAGUGAGAGUGUACACAAUAUGCUCCGUCGUGCUGACGCUGUGCGUCGUGAUCAAUGCCGUGGGGUUGUACACCAUCUUGGUCAGGUUAGUCGAGUUCGAUUUCAUCCAGGUGGAGGGUGCAGCGCCGCCUGGCACUCUUGAGAAGCUCAGGGUCGUCAGUUUUGACAGGGACGAAAAGGGGCUCGAUGACCACACAGAUUGUUGCAUAUGCAUGGUCGAGCUCGCCCACGAUGGCUGCGGCGAGGCCCGAGCAACCCCCUGCGGUCAUAUGUUCCACGGGAGCUGCCUGGACAGCUGGUUCAAGGUGAACCGCACCUGUCCCCUCUGCCGGGCGGACAUUGUGAGGGAGCAGGAGGAGCAUGCGGGCGGGGGCCGCCCGGCGAGCACCGUCGGCCGGCGCGCGGCCGACGAGGGCGGCGGCGCGGGAGGGCGCUCCGGGGCGGGUCCGGGCUGA